AAUGAAUGGCACAGAUGGAAGAAUCCAUCUUACAUAGUAUUUCAGAAAUUUCCGACCAAAAUGAGUCAAAUGUACAUAUAAGAGUAUGGUGGUAAUUGGUAACCAAAAAUAGUAAAGUUCUGAAAAUAAAAAAAAAUAAAAAAAAGCAGUUAGUUAGUUAGUUAGCGAGUGGUGUUGCGUUGAUAUCUGAUCGCAAGUAACUCUAUGUGAAGUUAGUUAUUGUUUGUUGUGGAUUGUGAAUUUUUGAGAGGAAAGUGACAGAAAGGUGAAAGGAGCGAGCGAGAGAAGGAGCAUGGCCGAUCUAUUUGGAUGGAUCAUCUCCUUCUUCCUCCUCAUCGCCUUACUCGUCCUUGUCACUUACCAGUUAAUGUGUCUCGCAGAUCUAGAAUUUGAUUAUAUAAAUCCCUAUGAUUUCUCAUCAAGAAUAAAUGCUGUUGUCUUCCCUGAAUUUGUUAUUCAAGCUGUUCUUACUUUCUUCUACCUUAUUACUGGCCAUUGGAUUAUGUCAUUGUUCUGUCUCCCUUAUCUAUACUUCAAUGUCGGAAUGUAUAGACAAAAAAAGCAUUUAGUUGAUGUUACUGAGAUAUUCAACAUGCUCUCGUGGGAAAAGAAGCAACGACUCAUCAAACUCUUUUAUCUUGUUUUAACCCUUUUCCUCUCUGUGUUUUGGAUGAUCUAUACAACAUUGGAUGACCACUGAAAGUGACACUGCUGUAAAUUUCCAGUUUUGUAUGGAAGGAAGCAAUUCAUUAUUUUGUGUAUGUGACACUAACAUGACUGACUGUAUUUUUGGGGUGAGUUUCAACUGCUAGUUUGAUAGUUGGACAGUAAGUUAUCGUUGUAUACGACAAGCAUUUUAUGCUUAUCUAACUUAUGACUUCAUAUAUAUGGGUAAAGACAUCAAAAAGACGUGCCGGAAGCUGAUGAGGGAUUUGGGUUAUUUGCAUAGUGUUAUUGGCCAAUGUAUGCCUAUGUACCAAAAGAAAUGUUGAAUUCAUAUUGAAUUUGUUUACAAAA